AAGCGCGAUUCCUACAGAGAAAACUGUGGAGGGGCGAGAGCCGUUCAUCUGAAGAGCAACGGUGUCUUGCUAUCUGGCUAAUUUAACCCAGUAAGGACUAUUAAUCGGGUUAUCUGCCCGCUUAUCUUCUCGCUUUCUUGAACGUUCUGCAAGCAAAUAGCUCAGCCGUUCAGAAUCUCGCCGACUUGCGUGGUCUAACGGAAAACAGGCGUUUGUUGAAGUUGUUAGCUUGCAGCGAGCUAGCCCACGGUUCAUGAUGUCGGGAGGUGUCGUGCGAGGCCCCGCUGGAAACAACGACUGCCGAAUUUACGUCGGCAAUCUGCCCCCGGACAUUCGCACGAAAGACGUGGAGGAUGUGUUUUACAAAUACGGGGCGAUUCGAGACAUCGAUCUGAAAAACCGGAGAGGGGGGCCUCCUUUUGCCUUCAUCGAAUUCGAGGAUCCCAGGGACGCAGAUGAUGCAGUCUACGGUCGUGAUGGGUAUGAUUACGACGGCUACAGACUGCGUGUGGAGUUCCCCCGGAGCGGCAGGGGCUCGGGGAGAGGCGGUUUUGGCGGGGGUGGGAUUGGAGCGCAAAGGGGCAGAUACGGGCCCCCAUCCAGACGCUCAGAGUACAGAGUUAUCGUCUCAGGGCUACCUCAAAGUGGCAGCUGGCAGGACCUGAAGGACCACAUGCGUGAAGCUGGGGAUGUGUGUUAUGCUGAUGUUUUUAGAGAUGGAACCGGAGUUGUAGAGUUUGUGCGCAAAGAAGACAUGACCUACGCCGUUCGAAAGCUGGACAACACCAAAUUCCGCUCACAUGAGGGAGAGACUGCAUACAUUCGUGUGAAAGUAGACGGUCCCCGCAGCCCAAGUUAUGGAAGAUCACGCUCCCGCAGCCGUGGCAGCCGAAGCAGAAGCCGCAGUCGGAGUGCCAGUCGCAGCCGGAGCAACUCCCGUGCCCGUGGCAGAGGAUCCCCCCGCUACUCGCCCCGUCAUAGCCGCUCUCGCUCCCGCUCCUAGAUCUUUCUACCACCAAUGUUCUUCCCUUUUUUGAUGAGUCCCCUGUAUACCUUCCUGUUUUCGUGUUUCUUUUUCUUUUAUUUUUUUUACCCCAUGAGUUUUUUUCCCCGGAUAUCAACUAUUGAUUUUAACUUUUCACAUUUCAUAUCCCUGUGUCCUUGUGGAUGAUCUUGGUAUGUAGGUGUAUCCCAUUUACCUUCCCACCCCUUUCCAGCUGCUUUGCCGUUUGUUUUGUUCCCUUUUUUGACUGUUGUCAAUUUUUGCAAUGCUAGAAGUUGUGCUGUGUUCGAGAAAGGUUGAGUUAAUCAGUUGCACUCAAAUGUUUUUUUUUUUUUUCGUGGGUUGGCUGGGUUGGACAAAAGGGGUGGGGUUCCCAAUGCUUAACUGUAUUUUACCCUUGUGUCUUCCUUUAGACAUCUGAAGAUAAGGAUUAAAGAAUGAUUUGGAAUAAAACCAUUGUGGAGCACAUUUCAUUUGUAUGGUCAGGAUAGGACACCUAAUUGAGGAGGAGUCAGGUCAUGGCUAUGGUACGCUUCAUAUUCCAUAUAUUGAGGUUUUAAUGGUUUGACAUGGUGUGCAUGUAAUAAUUUAAAACCAACAGUGCUGUAUUUUCUUUUAACAUGCUACUGCGGCCUUGUGCCAAGAUGAGCAGUCUUGUGUCAAAAUUGUGAUGUCAUUGACCUCAUAACGGCGUCACACAUAGUCGAAAUUGCUAUUUGGGUCAGGGGUACUUAAAAGUUGAUUUUUUUAAUUUUUUUUUUCCUCUGGUUAAAUGUUUGACUUCGGUGAAUAAUGGCUUUGGUGCUCAUGCUUUUUUCUUAAGCAGUAUCUGUCAUGAGUGCUCAACAUGAAAAAAUUGAAUUAGGCCCAAAUCUGACAUUAUUCUAACGGUUUGCCUCUGAUUUUCUUCCUGGUAUUUCAAGGUUUUGAUUGGAGGAGAGGCUCAGUGGAUCCUAAUCCUUGGAGCUGGAUGAGUGGAUCGAUUAGGAAAGGGAUAGGCAAGGACGGAUGCUUGGAACGGGAUCCGUUUUCCAGGAAUCAAAUGAGUUGAUUCAGAACUAAUUAUGGAGCCCCAGAGCAACUUUUUCAUUAGCCAAAUCAAUCUUAAUUUUUGAAUGACAUGGCUUUAUUUACAAGAAUGCGAAACUGAAGACCAGGAAGUUGGAUCAAAGGAUGGAAUCGUGUAAACAUGGUAUGAGGGAAUUAAAUUGGGGUGCUCGGGGUACAUUUGCGAGUAGUUUUUACCUUUUUGCUUUAUCUUACUUUUCUUAGUAUUUUCAAUAAAAUAAUUUCAA